AUGUUUGAGAUUUCCGAGUCCUCGUCGCGCGAAGGUGCAGUGUUCGGGACUUCCAAGCCCUCGCUCCCUCGGGGAUGCGACGAGGACCCGGAAGUCCCAAAUAUCUCAAUUCGACGCCUCGAAAGCUUAUAUCGAGGAUCCGAAGUGCCAUUUUUCGAGGAUUCGAGCCCUCGGCAAAGGCCCAUCGAAAACAUAUUUUCGGGCACUCGAAGUACCCCUCGAAUAACUGGUUAGGAAUCCACGUUAAAACAUAUAUUUAUUUGGCCAGUAUCGAUCGAAAUCAUAACGUAUGUUUUAUACGUGUUUUGUUUUCGAAGUGCAAGCUGUUGUUAUUUUAUAUUUUCGAUCCUGUUAUGAUAUAAAUAAAGGAGGGGGACCAC